ACUGGCGCUCGGGACGGAGCGCCGCAGGCCGCGAGCGGCGGCCCUGGCGGCAGACGGGCGCGGGGCCCCGGCGCCAUGGGCGCCGCCCGUCUCUGCCUGCUGCUGCUGGCCUGGGCGCUGUGCUUCUCGGGCGGGCUCUGCUCCGCGCGGCGGCGCUGGCCGGUGCCUUACAGGCGCUUUGAUUACCGUCCGAAAACAGAUCCUUACUGCCAAGCUCGCUAUACUUUCUGUCCCACUGGCUCUGCUGUUCCACUUAUGAAGGAAGAGGAUGUCAUUGAAGUGUAUCGAUUACAGGCUCCAGUGUGGGAAUUCAAAUACGGUGACCUACUUGGACAUUUGAAAAUUAUGCAUGAUGCCGUGGGCUUCAAGAGCUCUCUAACCGGCAAAAACUACACAAUGGAGUGGUAUGAACUCUUCCAGCUUGGGAACUGUACAUUUCCACAUCUCCGGCCUGGCAUGGAUGCCCCAUUCUGGUGUAACCAGGGAGCUGCCUGCUUCUAUGAAGGAAUAGAUGAUGCACACUGGAAGAAAAAUGGAACUUUGGUUCUCGUGACCACAAUAUCAGGAACCAUGUUUAAUGAAAUGGCAAAAUGGGUAAAAUAUGACAAUGAGACUGGCAUUUAUUAUGAGACCUGGACAGUUCAAGCAAGUCCUGACAAACAAUCAGUAAUAUGGUUUGAUUCUUAUGAAUGCUCUAAAUUUAUAUUGAGAACAUACCAGAAGCUGGCUGACUUAGGAGCUGUAUUUAAUAAGAUACAAACAAACUAUACCAGCAUAAUUUUAUUCAGUGGAGAACCCAUUUAUUUGGGAAAUGAAACAUCUAUUUUUGGACCUCUGGGAAACAAGACAUUGGCUGCAGCUAUAAGAGACUUCUACUAUCCGUUCAAACCUCAUCAGACACUUGGAGAGUUCUUUGUGGAUCUUUUAAAAAUAAUUGAUCAUGUCAUCUUGAAUCAUCAGUUUUACCUCUUUUACAACUUGGAAUACUGGUUUUUACCUAUGAAAUCCCCUUAUCUCAAAAUAAUUUAUGAAGAAGUCCCUUUGCCUAAUGGAAGCAAAACAUCCUUUGGCUUAUAAUUACUUGCUUGAGAACCAACCUUAUGAAUAUGUUUCAAAAAUUUGGAGAAUUACUGUAAUGUUAUUAAAAAAGUGUUGUAUACUUCACUGCUAGUUGUAAAAGUUGCUUUGGGAAGGCUUUGCUAGACAAGGGGAAAGAAUUUGACUUUUUUUUUUUCUUGUCAACUGCCAAAAGUCCUUGAACACUUGAAAAUCUUUGACUUGGCCAGCUGGCUUCCGUGUAACCACAGUCACUGGACAUCGGAGAGUCAUCUGACUGAACUGCAGCACGCGGGGAGGGUGAAGGAGAGGCAGCCUGCCUGCCCUGCUCUCAGGUGCUCUCCACAGAGAUCGCUCUGUUGGAACAGAUGGCUACUGGCCACCCACAGCAAUGGGAUACAAGGAAUCAAGAGGACCUUUUGGUCUGACCAAUGCAGCUGUCCAUGGGUAGGAACGAACAUGAGUGCUGGGAUGUGCUCAGUUCCCUCAACAUGUGCCUUAGCUCCCUAUUUGUUCUGUUUUGUUUUGUAGGACUAUGAACUGUUCUCUGAUUCAUGACAUAGCUGCUUGGCAGGGUGGGGAGGGGCAAGUGAUUUUAUUAGAUGUAUAAGUAAGUGUUACCUUGUCUCCACUUUGCUUCCCUCAUCUGAAUUGUAAACUUAAUACAGACAGCUCUUCCUUCAACUGGUGUGAUGGUUUUCUAUUGUGGAUGCAAGGCAGACAGUCCA